AUGAACGCGAGGAUACCUCUCAGAGGGAAGCUUUUGGAGAAAGAGAUCAAAAUCUUUACACAGUAUGAAGCAGUUUCAUGGUGUUGGGAGGGCGGCAAAAAGAAAAAGCAACCGUACCAGGGGAUUAGAGAUCAGGAUGACGAUCGAGAUCACAGUACAAUACUUUUGGAGACCAAAAACGGUCUGUUUGUCCCCCUGAACAUCAGCACCCAUUUAUGCUUUGCCUUGAAAAGACUGAGGCUCGAGAAAGAAAGUCGAUUUCUGUGGAUCGAUAAAGUCUGUAUCGACCAAAAGAACCACGUUGAAAAAGAACAACAGAUCCAGCUUAUGGCCAAGAUAUAUGAAGCAUCGGAGCAUGUGUGUGUUUAUCUCGGAUCCGAUGCUGAUGAUAGCGGCCUGGUUCGUACCCCACUUGUAUUUUCCUCUUUCGAGUUGAGUUAACAGGGUUGAGACAAAAUUUCCUCCUCAAAGAGUGUUUCUCCACUCUGAAUAUGGAUCAAAUCUCAAUAUUUAUACUGAACAUAGCAAUGCUAACUUUGAGAUCAUUCACAGGUUCCUAGUUUCAUACACAAGUUCAACAAGGAGUUUGAUGGGCACAGCACUUCUCCUAUUGUAGUGGCAAUCCGGCAAUGGAGAGCAUUAGCUGCCUUAAUGCGUCGGAAAUGGUUCACUCGAAGAUGGUAAGAUCUCAUUUCAUUUUCUGGUCAUUUUCUGUUCAUGAGGUCAUAUGCCUUCUUCUUCUGCCUUCUCAUUAGCCACUUCUCUCGUCGUGGUGGACAACUGUAAUUCAUAAAUCUUUCUUCUAGGGUUGUACAAGAAAUAGCCUUCGCCAAAAGCGCAACACUGUAUCUCGGUAGCGGAACAGAAAUUGACUGGGAUUCGUUCAAGAAACCUAUUUGGGCAACAAUACGACGGGAAGCCGAUAUCGUUCGUUUACUGAUUGAGCACGAAAGGGGGACAGUAAAUGCUCCCCGCUUCAACUUUAUCGACACCCGGGCCUAUGGAGCCCAAACGUUACUGGAAGUGUUAGACCGUCUUGUUAAGAGAUCCCCAAAUGGUGGGAUUGAACGGCUGGCAACAAUCGGCACCCUUGUUUCCGCUUUAGUUGCAUAUGAUGGUGGGUCUUCCUGUGUAUUUCUCUUAGUUUUCAUGUUGCUGUGUAGAGGUUGAGAGGCUGCCUAUUUGUGCGACUCUUGAAUGCGCAACCAUCACUUCCUACAUGCCGAGGGGUCGUUGAUGCUGAUUCAAGAUCUCAUACAGUCACUGAAACACGAGAUGCAAUAUACGCCAUUUUACGGUUGGGAAAAGACAGCUACAAAUUAGAUGAAGCAAGAAAGCAAGAUGCAUUGAUCAUGCCAGAUUACGAAAGUGAACCAAAACAUGACAGCUGGAUGUAUACGACACCUACAAUCAAAGUCUACGGAAAGUUUGUGAAGUUUGUUAUUAAUCAGUCACAAUCUCUGGACAUAAUUUGUGUACCUUGGACCCCAGAAUUGAACAGUCACGAUCCUGAUCAUCGAGUCGGAAUACCUUCAUGGAUUGGAUUAAGAGACAAACGUCCAUUCAAGCAAAAAUAUGGUGAUGGAAUGUACAAAAGAGCCAAUGCUGAUUGCUUAAUCAACCCCCUGGGAGACAAUAGUUAUUGUGCCACUGGGCAGGAGAGUGUAUUGCAUUAUGAACCAACGCUUGAACAAGAACCACAUUCGCUGUUUAUUGAUGGCUUUCAAAUUGCCGGAAUCAGUGAACUGGGGGAGAUUUGCGAGGAUGGCAAUAUACCGUUCGAAUGGCUUCAUAUGGCAUGGGAACGAGACGAGAAGUCAGGUAUAAAGAGAGAAGCUGGCACGGAUAGCUGGGAGCCGGAUCAGAUGCCGGGAAUUCCACAUCUUGGUGAAGCCUGGCAUGCUCGAGAUGGCAGAGGAAGAGAUUCCCGAGGGUUCCCCUAUGUUUCAGAUGCAUUUGUAAGAGUAUCCUCAACUUUCUUCAUCGCAAACAUUUUCCUCAAGAGUCAACGUUGACAAACAUUUCUAACUUCGGCUUUGUCACAGUGGGGAACACUGGUCGGUAACAGGACCCCAGAAGGAGAGAUUGCCCCAGCUUGGUAUCAAGAACUGUGCGAGUUCGCUUUCAGGAAGUUCAAGAGGCAUCGGGGGAAGCGAGGGAAAGUUUUCACCGAUGAGGUAAAGAACCUCGCGAUAAGACAUCAAAAAAAGGAAUAUCUCGAAUUUAUCGAACGACUCCAAGCAGUAACAUGGAACCGAAGGUUGAUGUUCACCUACAAUGGUCGAAUAGGUAUCGUUCCUGGAGAAGCAAAGAUUGACGAUCGCAUCUGUCUUCUUUGGGGCUGCAGCGUUCCAGUCGUCUUGCGAAAAGUCGCCAAAAAGGGCCAGGAAGUGCAUGAGCUUAUUGGAGCAUGUUAUGUACAUGAUGUGAUGGAGGGGGAACUGUUGAGAGAUUACCCAAAUCUACGGGAACGGGGUCCUCAGGUACCCUUUGGUAUGACGGGGAAUACAAGAUUUCGAAUUGCUUGA